AUGAUUGAUGAAAGUGAAGAAUUAGAUACAACAACAUUAAGGCAACUUUGGAAGCAAUUAGAAUUGACAGAUGAUCAAAUGGAAGAGAUAAUUAAUAAUAUUAGGCAUCAAAUUUUGGAUGCUAAAAAAGAAUUUUUAGAUUUACAAGUUUUCAAAUGCACACAGAUGCAUGAAGCAACGUUGAAAAGACUUCACACAAUGUCAGAGCUUCUUAAAUCAAUUAAAGCACCACAAGAAGACAUCGAUUCAUUCCAAAAUAUUUUUUCGAACGAAAAAUCCUUACGUCAAGUUAACAAUGAAAUGGAUUCAUACUUUGAAAAAUAUAAAGACGCUAUAUUAGAAAGACAAAAACAAUUUGAAGAAGUAAUUACAUCUAUUAACCAACUUUAUGACACAAUUGGAUUUCCAGAACAGGACAGAGGCGAUUUUUCGAGAGCCGAGUAUGAAGAUUUGUCAGAAGAUAGACUUAUUCAUUUGCAAGAACAAAAUAAAAUUCUUACUGAAACAGUUUCCAGGCGAAAAGAAUCUUUUGAGCAAAGAUCUACAGCAUUACAAAAGCUUUUAAUUGAGCUUGGCGAAGAUUUUACACAAGAUAUGCAAAAUAUUAUUUCUUCAACAGUUUAUUCUCAACAAAAUAUAGAAACUCUUGAUUAUUUGCUCAAUCAAUACCAAACAGAAUAUGAUGUUCGCAAAGAAGAACUCUCCAAGUUAGCUAUUCAGCUUACUUCAUUAUGGCAAUUAUUAGAUACUCCAGAAAAUGACAGAGAAAUCGUAUUGAAGCAAAAAGAUUUAUCAAAGAAAUCUCUUGAAGUAGCGCGUAAUGAAGUUAUCAGACUUAAUGCUGAAAAAGAUCAAAGAUUAGAUGAAGUUAUUGGAAAAUUGAGUAAUGAGAUUGACGAAUUGUCACAAAUUUUGCAUAUGCCUAAAGAAAAUAUUGAUGAAUUACUUGGUGGCCAGUUUACAGAUGAAAAAACAUACUUUUUACAGUUACAUAAUUUAGUAAUUAAUUUAAGAAAACUUCUAGUUGACGAGAAACCAAUUUUGGAUCUUAUUGAACAAAGAGAAGAUAUUAUCAAUCAGUAUGAAUCAAAUAGAAAUGAUGAGAAAGCCAAAAGAAGAUACAAAACAGUUUUACCUCGUUUAGACAAGAAAAUAAAAGUUGCUUUAGAAGAUUUUGAGCGAACAAGGAAACAACCAUUACUAUAUGAUGGCGUUCCUUAUAUUACUAGACUUGAUAAGGUAAUUGUAACAAAUUUGGAAAGAUCUAAUUUCAGGAGAAGAAAAAGUAGCUUAUCUUAUCUUUGA